ACCACACAAGGUAUGGAUAUAAGAUCUGUCUGUUGCUUUCUUGGGGUCCAUUUUGGGUGGCACAUUGCAUGAGGUCUUGUUGAUGGUGGAUAUAUGUUCCAUUAGAUUGCCUGUUAUACGUUUCUUUUUCUUAGUCUAGAACUGUGAAAGUUCUACCAGUGAAACAAACAAAAGGGUUAAUCAAGUGUAUUUAUUUGCUUUCAGGCUUGUGUGUGGAACCCCACCAUCUAUCGAUGACUUCAACAUCCAGUCACUUCUUGGUGAGGGAUCAUAUGGAAAGGUCUAUAAGGCAAACUACAGAAAAACAGGAAGGGCCGUUGCCAUUAAGACUAUUGAAAGCUUUUAUAUGGAUGAACCUACGGCGUUUGCUAGUGUUCUCCGAGAGCAACGGAUCCUGCUAUUGGCCAAGAAGGAAAAUUGCCACUUCCUUACUAGAUUAUUCGCCUCUUUCUCUACGGAUCAUUAUACCUGCCUGGCAAUGGAGUUUGUAGAAGGAGGAGACUUGGUAUCCCAUUUGGUCAGAGACGGAAUGUCACAGGAGAGAACUAGAUUUUAUUCCGCCUGUAUUGUACUUGGGCUGCAGUUUUUGCAUGAUCGGAACAUCACCCAUAGGGAUUUAAAACUAGAAAAUGUAUUGCUGGAUAGAGACGGAUACGCCAAAAUUACUGACUUUGGAAUUAGCAAAGAAGGUAAGAUUUCUAGUUAUAAUUCCAUAGCACUGAACUCUAGACAGGGGGGAUUUAUUCAAUUCAUUCAAACCAAAUGGAUGAGCGAAUGGACACAAGAACGAGUGAUGUAUCUGCCUCUGACACACAAACACAACUUUCCAAUCUCUCAUUUUAUUUCAAGAUAA